AGACUCAAAAUAAAAUAAAAAAAUAGUGAAACCAAUUUUGCCUUCAGUUGAUUAUCAUUUGGUUUAGUUUUUUAUACACAUUUGUGACAAUUAUCUCACCUCAGUGAGGGAAUGCUGAUGCACACAUGAGGAUACAAACGGGAGAGCGAGCCUUUCGUUGUCAAACUUGUGGUAAAGGAUUUACUCUGAAAGGUAAUCUGAAGACUCAUGUUCGCUCUGUCCAUUCCGACGAAAAGCCCUAUGUUUGUGGUAUCUGUGGUAGAGAUUUCAGUCUCAAGGGUAACAUGAAUACUCAUAUGAGAACCCACAGUAAGGAUAAUCAUUUUCCAUGUCCACUUUGUGGUAAAACCUUCUCUUUAAAGGGCAAUUUAAAAGCACACAUUCAAAGGCAUAAUGGUAUCGCUCCAGUCAGACGUAAUCCUCCCAAGAAAAGUUCAAAAUCAGGAAACUCUAAUGCUACUGUAUCGAGUGGAAACAGUAGUACUCACACGGCCAACAGUAAUACUAACAAUAAUCAAGUAAAUCGAAGUCUAAGUAUUCAGUAUUUUAAUACCGAGAAGAGUGGUAAUGUUGAUCGCAAACAUUUUAGCUCAUCAAGUAGUGGCGGACCCAAUCAAGGAGUACCUAUUAACAACUCAGCAGCUGCGAUCUCAUCAAUUUUACCUAUGGCCCUAACUACUCCACGAACUUCAUUGUUGCAUGGCUCCUCGAAUCAACACCAAUCUCACCAGCAGCCACACGUUUCAGGAAAUGGGCAACAUCAAGGAAUACAAUCAAUGGACUUUUUCUGGCACACGGGAGUGACCUCCUGUUAAUUAAAAGUUUAGUCCAAUGAGAGCUCCAAAUGUACUUUAUUUGAGAAAGGCAAAUUCAGACCAAAUUAAUGUCAAUUAGCCCAUGAAAGACUAAGAACGAAAGCAGAAAUAAUACGAAUUAAAGCCAUACACUUUUUUCAAAAUCGCUAUUGAAAGAUUCUGUAUAUCAUCGUAAUCAUCAUCUUCAUACUUUUAAUGUAACUGUAAUUAUGUUUUUGUGCUACCAUCACUAUCUUAAUACUAAUAACAAUAUUUCAAAACAUGACCAUUGUAUAAAACUUAAUAGUCGGUAAUUAAGCUUAUAGUGUAUCUUUAAAACUCUACAAUCACUUGGUGUUUUAUUAAAGUAUACAAUGUGCUUUUUA